AUGGUCACCUCGUUCUUAAAUCAGAGCGAGAUGACAUUACUGAUUGCUGAAAUUCCAUCGAUGAUCUGGGCUAGUUGGACGUGCUGUCAAUGUGGAGUCACGCCAGAACAUCUUUCCUAUCAAUUGCAUCGAUGGCUUACAAUCCUUACGAUCGUUAUGGGCAUGAAUGUUGUCCUCGUAUCUGUAGAUCUUCAAAGUGAUAUUGUCGGUGCAACGAUCUUCCUCGUAGCUGACGUUGUGCUGACGAUGCUACGGCUGUUUGGAGGACGCCAUCGACGGCGAGCUCGUCGAGAAGAUGUGCGAAUGCAGCGUCUUACCAUGGUAAUUGCGACUCCUGGUACUGACAAUGAAUCGAGUUUGCCGCUUGAAAGUACAGAUUCGGAUAAAUACUCUGCACCAAAGCGCUCUGAUAGUGUAUCAAAGCAGUGCUGGGUUUUUACGCGCACCGGGGUCUGGAAAUCACCUGUGCCACAUAACAUUUCUCUGAAAGAAUGGGCGUUUGCAUUUCUUGACUGUGCCUACUCGCUCUUGGUGGUUCUCAUCUUCUACGAGACUGUUGACGGAUCCGAACGUCAGAUCAUACCCGGACUACUGACCACCGAUAACAGUAUCAACUCAGUCGAUGACAACGAGAACAGACUGAUGAGUGAAGUCAAUCGCGUCAGCAUGAUCAUGUCGUCAGCCUUCGGGACAGUCUUUUCUCUAUCUCUUGCUGGCCGGCAUUACUUUUUGUACUCCUCGAGGCGCCAAAAGAUUCCUGGUGUUGCUCAUUACUUUACCAUGAAUGGAACAACGACACUUGACACUCGAGAACCCAAUUACUUUGCUAUUAGCAUUCAGGUCGUAAAGUCGAUUCUACUGCCAUGUUCCAUUUGCUUUUGCGCCAACAUUCUCGCGGAAAAAGACUUGUUUGUCUUGAAACAGGGUGUCAAUGUUUUUGUGGCUGGAGCGAUUGGAUCCAUUGCAGCAGCUAGAUCAGUUGAUGCUGCUAGUCGAGCUUUGUACGGCUUUGGACGUUUUGACGGAGAUCCACCUGGUCUUGAAAUGUUUGGUGGUUCACCGUUCGUGAAGGCUAGUACAGCGCUUGAGGUGUUUUGGGAUUGUUUCAAUGAUUUUUUGGGUCCACUCAGUCUGGAUCACCUGCUGAUCAGUUCAACCACCGCGUCCAAGAAUUUUAUCGUCGUCUAUUUUCUCCUGUGCGUAUGUGUACUUCACGCUGUGAUCGCGUACGUAGACGCAAUCAAUAUCAAGAGUGCAGCCUAUCAAGCAGAACGGCUUGGUAAUUUCGUGAUUGUCACAUUUCUCGUACGCAACUCGGAAAAAUACGUCGAGCGUCAGGGUGUGGAUCUUUGUGCACCUGUGUUACUCAUUGCUAUUGACUUUUCGUCCAAGUAUCAGCAAUUGUGA